AUGUUUUAAUACACCCAUAUGUAAUUAAUAAUUUUUUAUUACUGUUUCAAUGCUAUGGUGAUGCUCUUUCUUAUGAUUUUGAAAAUAAAGUAAAUUUUAACCAUUAACUUUAGAUUUAAAUUAGAUGUAGGAAAUUCAACGUUUGAUAUUCUUAUUUCUACAAUUAUUAAAACCAUAAUUCUGAUUCAUUUUAGAGUCAGAGAAUUAGAAAUCCAAUAUCUAGGCUAUGUCGUAUUAGCUUACUAUAUAUUAAGAGUAUUUAUUAUAGUGCUUUAAAAAAUUAUACUUAAUGUUUCUACGAACCGCUUCAGAAUUUAUAUUCAAGGCCUCAAAGUGCUAUUGGCAUUUUAAUUGAUGUUGAUUACUAUUAAGUGGAAGGAAAUGGUGGAUUGGAAUUGGUUCGUAGUUUUUAGUGUCAUUUGGAGUUUACUGGUUAUAUUUUUUAUUUUCCAUCUCAUUCUAAUUCUUUCAACAAUAGAAACAACACAUGAAUAUUUCGUAUAGAAGGCUUCAAAAUCAUAACUGAUAGGAGGUGUGUGGCUGAUUAUAUAUUUUUGUGGUUUUAGUGGAAUUCCCUCCUGGUUUUGUUACAUCAUAUGUAACGAUCAGGAGACUGUUGAUUAUCCCACCAAAGAAGCAAGCCUUACUCUUGGAAUCCUAAUAAUUUUAUAAUCCUUUUUAGUUGUUAUAAUCUCAACUGUUUUUAAACAGCAUAUUAAGAAUUACAUUCUGGAUAUAGGUUUUGAAGAAGAAAAUCAAUCCUUAAAUGUGAAAGACGCAAAACAAUAACCAAAUAUAAAUAUAAUACAGAAACCUUCUUUACCGAAAAAAUUGAUUUAGGUAUCAUCAACCUACUUCGAAUAUUUCUAAUCAGCAUCUUAACAAUCUAAAUAAAAUCAAAACAUAACAAAUAGCAACUACAGUAUCAUGAAUUAAAGAGCUAAAUUGAAAGCAUUUGAUUUUGUAGUCAGAAAUGACUAAUUGCAAUCUCCUGAAAAAGAAUCAAACUAGAUUUAAUACGAGUAGAAAUGUUAAGUCUGUUACACUCAAGAACCAAUCAUUGUCAUGCUUCCUUGUAGACAUGGUGGAAUUUGCUAUGAAUGUUUAAGACAAUGGCUAUAAAAGUCACCAAACUGCUAUAUUUGUCGUUAAAAAAUCAAUUAAAUAUGCAAGGUUCAUAAAGAUGAUUCUGGGAACUUCACCGUAAAAGAUAUAACAGUGUGUUAUUGGUGA